AUGGUCGGACUGCUUUCAAUCACCGCGGCGCUUGCCGCGACUGUGUUGCCAAACAUUGUCUCUGCCGUUGGUCUGGAUCAGGCUGCAGUUGCCAAAGGACUUCAAUACUUUGGCACAGCUACGGAUAAUCCCGAGCUCACGGAUAUUCCAUACGUUACUCAGCUGAACAACACCGCGGACUUUGGUCAAAUUACCCCUGGAAACUCGAUGAAGUGGGAUGCCACAGAACCAUCUCAGGGCACCUUCACGUUCACGAAAGGCGAUGUCAUUGCAGAUCUGGCUGAGGGUAAUGGCCAAUAUCUCCGAUGUCAUACUCUGGUUUGGUAUAAUCAGCUACCUAGCUGGGUGACUAGCGGAUCUUGGACUAAUGCUACUCUCACCGCCGCAUUGAAGAACCACAUCACGAAUGUGGUGUCGCACUACAAAGGGAAAUGUCUUCAUUGGGACGUGCUGUUCUACAAUGACUACAACCUCGAAUACGGCGGCGCCAAAGCCGCCAGCGCCCGCGCCAUUGUCCAGCUGGUCAAAAAUGCAGGUGCCAAGAUCGACGGGGUAGGGUUGCAGGCCCACUUCAGCGUCGGCACCGUGCCGAGUACGAGCUCGCUCGUCUCGGUGCUGCAAUCUUUCACUGCGCUCGGGGUCGAGGUCGCCUACACGGAGGCCGACGUGCGCAUUCUCCUGCCCACCACCGCCACUACCCUGGCCCAACAGUCGAGCGAUUUCCAGGCCCUGGUGCAAUCCUGUGUGCAGACAACGGGCUGCGUCGGCUUCACUAUCUGGGAUUGGACAGAUAAGUACAGCUGGGUUCCCAGCACGUUCUCGGGCUAUGGGGCGGCGCUACCCUGGGAUGAGAACCUGGUUAAGAAGCCCGCGUACAAUGGCUUGUUGGCCGGCAUGGGGGUUACAGUUACCACUACGACUACCACCACCACUGCUACUGCCACUGGUAAGACUACGACUACCACGACGGGUGCCACGAGCACGGGGACUACGGCUGCGCAUUGGGGGCAGUGUGGAGGGCUCAACUGGAGUGGACCGACGGCGUGUGCCACUGGGUACACCUGCACUUAUGUCAAUGACUAUUACUCGCAGUGUCUGUGA